CCCUCACUCAGAUUCACUUCUCAGCCUGCAGCAUCACGGCUCCCCCUGACCCAGAGGCUCGCAAACAUGGGGCGCCAGAAGGAGCUUAUCAACAGCAUCAACUCCAUGCUGCGCAUCAGGAACAAGCUGCUCAGGCAGGCGCUGUCCGAAUGUCUGGGCACCCUCAUACUUGUCAUGUUCGGCUGUGGCUCGGUGGCUCAGGUCGUGCUCAGUAAAGGCUCCCACGGUCAGUUCUUGACCAUUAAUCUGGCUUUUGGAUUUGCCGUCAUGCUGGGCAUCCUGAUCUCUGGCCAGAUUUCGGGUGGCCAUCUGAAUCCAGCUGUAACUUUUGCCUUGUGUCUUUUGGCAAGAGAACCAUGGAUCAAGUUACCAGUGUACACCAUUGCACAGACUCUAGGAGCGUUCCUUGGAGCCGGCAUCGUUUAUGGCCUGUACUAUGACGCCAUCUGGUAUUUUGCAAAUGACAGUCUCUAUGUAACUGGUCCAAACGGCACAGCUGGUAUUUUUGCCACUUACCCAACCGAACAUCUCACCCUGAUGAAUGGCUUCUUUGACCAGUUUAUUGGCACUGCAGCCCUGAUCGUCUGUGUCUUGGCCAUUGUCGAUCCCUACAACAACCCCAUCCCUCGUGGACUUGAGGCCUUCACUGUUGGGUUUGUUGUCCUUGUCAUUGGAUUGUCAAUGGGCUUCAACUCUGGUUAUGCCGUCAACCCUGCUAGGGACUUUGGACCACGUCUCUUUACUGCCUUGGCUGGCUGGGGCACAGGAGUUUUCACUACUGGAGACCACUGGUGGUGGGUCCCCAUUGUCUCACCGUUACUGGGAGCUGUUGCCGGAGUUAUGGUCUACCAACUGAUGAUCGGAUGCCACGACGAACCUAUGCCAGAGUCUACUGAACAAGAAAAUGUCAAGUUGGCCAAUGUCAAACACAAAGAGAGGAUCUGAAGAAGCAGCCUCUAGAGGACUGAAAACUCAUAACAUGGCUGCAACUAGCCAAGAACAAGAUGGCGGAUGACCUCCUUGUGUCUUAAACAUUAGAUAUUUCUUGUAUAUUAUUAGCAGUUUGUCAAUUGUGCAGAAAUGUCCUUCCCCAUUGAGCAGCUACGUCUUCCCUUAUCAUGCUCUAUAGAUAAAGCAUCUAUGGACUGUGAGCUGUAUAAAAGCGUCAUAUUUAAUCCCAGCAAACAAUACUUUGUCAAUUUACAAGGGCAGCUGUAUCAUAGAAGUAACCCCUUUGGAAAGGAGGAAGGCCAAGCUUGUGUUGUACCCUCAACCGCCUCUCACUCCACACUUCUCAGAUAGGGGAAAAUGGAACCUCCAAUGGUCAGGCUGACCAUCUCUUCUACAAAGGGUGGAAAAAGAAGGGUAUGAACAAGCUCUGGACCCUAUUUUCCAGGGGGUAGAGAUUUGGUGGUAUGAACCAACUAAAGUAUUGGGGGACCCAUGGUCUAGUGUUGUCUCCAGUCUGUUCCUCCCUAUAGUACUGAUUUCAGCUCUGGUACUUACUUACAACUAAUUUAAGUUUAAGUAGGGAACAAUCAUUUGAGAAAAUAUUACAACAUUUAGGAAUAUUGACCAGACUCCCCUGCAGUAACUGCAUACAAUCAAUUCAUGUUACAUUCCUCUACGCAGACUUGCAGCACUGCUUUAUAUGCAGGACAGGUCAUUGAUGUUGCCUAGCAGCAAUCUUUCUUCCUGUUCGGGAGACUACUAUUCAGUACCCAUCAUUUAGGACGCAGACCCAAGAACAUGUAAUUGGGAACCAUUGUAUGGUGUCCUAUGGGGAACAACUAUUGAUUUUAGCAUACUUAUAUUGGUUUUCGAGGCCACAAUCACCAAUGAAAAGGUCCAGUCUAUGGCUGGCUUCAUUAAGAAUUAGUAUACAAUACAUACAACUGGAAGCCAUUGCAAUGUGAUAUCUCACUAUCCAUUCAGCAGACAAUGCUUUGGGGGGGUUUUAUACAAUGAUUUUUUUUCUAAUUAUAGGAGAGUUCAUGAGGGCUAAAAUCUCAUGUUAAUAAUGACAGCUGAAAGCUUUGUACAUAUACCUUAUUGCAGUUGCUUGUGCAUUGGAUACAUUUUAUGUACCAAUAAAUACAAUAUUGUUUUAAAAAA